AUGUCCGGCGCCGAGGAGGCCGGCGGGGGCGGCCCGGCCGCGGGGCCCGCGGGCGCCGUGCCGGCCGGGGCGGGGGCCGGGCCUGGGCCCGGGGCGGCGGCGGGGCCGGCGGCGGCGCUGGGCGAGGCGGCGGGGCCCGGGAUCCCGGACGAGGCGGGCCUGGCCGGCGCCCGGCAGCUGCAGGAGGCGGCCGGCGACCCCGACGCGCCGCCCAAGAAGCGGCUGCGGGCGGCCGAGGCGGCCGAGGCGGCGGCGGCGGCGGGCAGCGGGAAGCUGGAGGAGCGGCUCUACUCGGUGCUGUGCUGCACCGUCUGCCUGGACCUGCCCAAGGCCUCCGUGUACCAGUGCACUAACGGUCACUUGAUGUGCGCUGGCUGUUUUAUCCACCUACUAGCAGAUGCCCGGCUGAAGGAGGAGCAGGCCACGUGCCCCAAUUGCCGCUGCGAGAUCAGCAAGAGCCUCUGCUGCCGCAACCUGGCCGUGGAGAAGGCCGUGAGCGAGCUGCCCUGCGAGUGCGGCUUCUGCCUGCGCCAGUUCCCCCGCGCCCUGCUGCAGCGGCACCAGAGGGAGGAGUGCCAGGACAGAGUUACCCAGUGCAAGUACAAGCGCAUCGGCUGCCCGUGGCACGGCCCCUUCCAUGAGCUGACGGUGCACGAGGCGGCCUGCACGCACCCGGCCAAGACGGGCAGCGAGCUGAUGGAGAUCCUCGACGGGAUGGACCAGAGCCACCGCCAGGAGCUGCUGGCUGAGCAGCAGCGGGCAGAGGAGCGGGAGCGACUGGCCGAGGUGGAGGCUGCGCUGGAGAAGCAGCGGCAGCUGGCGGAGGCGCACGCCCAGGCGAAGGCGCAGGCGGAGCGCGAGGCUCAGGAGCUGCAGCAGCGCAUGCAGGAGGAGGUGGCCCGGCGGGAGGAGGCGGCCGUGGACGCGCAGCAGCAGAAGCGCAGCGUCCAGGAGGAGCUGCAGCAGCUGCGGCAGAGCUCGGAGGCCGAGAUCCAGGCCAAGGCACAACAGGCGGAGGCGGCGGAGCGCAGCCGGCUGCGCAUCGAGGAGGAGAUCCGCGUGGUGCGCCUGCAGCUGGAGGCCACGGAGCGCCAGCGGGGCGGGGCGGAGGACGAGCUGCAGGCGCUGCGGGCGCGGGCGGAGGACGCCGAGGCCCAGAAGCGGCAGGCGCAGGAGGAGGCCGAGCGCCUCCGGAGGCAGGUGCAGGAGGAGAGCCAGCGCAAGCGGCAGGCGGAGGCGGAGCUGGAGCUGCGCGUGAAGGCCGAGGCGGAGGCGGCGCGGGAGAAGCAGCGGGCGCUGCAGGCGCUGGAGGAGGUGCGGCUGCAGGCGGAGGAGGCCGAGCGGCGCGUGCGGCAGGCGGAGGUGGAGCGCGCGCGCCAGGUGCAGGUGGCCCUGGAGACGGCGCAGCGCAACGCGGAGGUGGAGCUGCAGAGCAAGCGCGCGUCCUUCGCGGAGAAGACGGCGCAGCUGGAGCGCACCCUGCGGGAGGAGCACGUGGCCGUGGCGCAGCUGCGCGAGGAGGCCGAGCGGUCGGCGCAGCAGCAGGCCGAGGCCGAGCGCGCCCGCGAGGAGGCGGAGCGCGAGCUGGAGCGCUGGCAGCUGAAGGCCAACGAGGCGCUGCGGCUGCGGCUGCAGGCGGAGGAGGUGGCGCAGCAGAAGAGCCUGGCGCAGGCGGAGGCCGAGAAGCAGAAGGAGGAGGCGGAGCGCGAGGCGCGGCGGCGCGGCAAGGCCGAGGAGCAGGCGGUGCGGCAGCGGGAGCUGGCCGAGCAGGAGCUGGAGAAGCAGCGGCAGCUGGCGGAGGGCACCGCGCAGCAGCGCCUGGCGGCCGAGCAGGAGCUGAUCCGGCUGCGGGCCGAGACGGAGCAGGGCGAGCAGCAGCGGCAGCUGCUGGAGGAGGAGCUGGCCAGGCUGCAGCGCGAGGCGGCGGCCGCCGCGCAGAAGCGCCAGGAGCUGGAGGCCGAGCUGGCCAAGGUGCGCGCGGAGAUGGAGGUGCUGCUGGCCAGCAAGGCGCGGGCCGAGGAGGAGUCGCGCUGCACCAGCGAGAAGUCCAAGCAGCGCCUGGAGGCCGAGGCCGGCCGCUUCCGCGAGCUGGCCGAGGAGGCCGCGCGCCUGCGGGCCCUGGCGGACGAGGCCAAGCGGCAGCGGCAGCUGGCGGAGGAGGACGCGGCGCGGCAGCGCGCCGAGGCGGAGCGCGUGCUGGCGGAGAAGCUGGCGGCCAUCGGCGAGGCCACGCGGCUCAAGGCCGAGGCGGAGAUCGCGCUCAAGGAGAAGGAGGCGGAGAACGAGCGCCUGCGGCGCCUGGCCGAGGACGAGGCCUUCCAGCGGCGGCGGCUGGAGGAGCAGGCGGCGCUGCACAAGGCCGACAUCGAGGAGCGGCUGGCGCUGCUGCAGCGCGCGUCGGAGAGCGAGCUGGAGCGGCAGAAGGGGCUGGUGGAGGACACGCUGCGGCAGCGGCGGCAGGUGGAGGCCGAGAUCCUGGCGCUCAAGGCCAGCUUCGAGCGCGCGGCGGCCGGCAAGGCGGAGCUGGAGCUGGAGCUGGGCCGCAUCCGCGGCAGCGCGGAGGACACGCAGCGCAGCAAGGAGCUGGCGGAGCAGGAGGCGGCGCGGCAGCGGCAGCUGGCGGCCGAGGAGGAGCAGCGGCGCCGCGAGGCCGAGGAGCGCGUGCAGCGGAGCCUGGCGGCCGAGGAGGAGGCCGGGCGGCAGCGCCGGGCCGCGCUGGAGGAGGUGGAGCGGCUCAAGGCCAAGGUGGAGGAGGCGCGGCGCCUGCGCGAGCGCGCGGAGCAGGAGUCGGCGCGGCAGCUGGCGCUGGCGCAGGAGGCGGCGCAGAAGCGGCUGCAGGCGGAGGAGAAGGCGCACGCCUUCGCGGUGCAGCAGAAGGAGCGCGAGCUGCAGCAGACGCGCCGGCAGGAGCAGAGCGGCCUGGAGCGGCUGCGCGGCGAGGCGGAGGCGGCGCGGCGGGCCGCGGAGGCGGCGGAGGAGGCCCGCGAGCUGGCGGAGCGCGAGGCCGCGCAGUCGCGGCGGCAGGUGGAGGAGGCGGAGCGGCUGAAGCAGGCGGCCGAGGAGCAGGCGCAGGCGCGCGCCCAGGCGCAGGCCGCCGCCGAGCAGCUGCGCAAGGAGGCGGAGCAGGAGGCGGCGCGGCGCGCGCAGGCGGAGCAGGCGGCCCUGCGGCAGAAGCAGGCGGCCGACGCGGAGAUGGAGAAGCACAAGAAGUUCGCGGAGCAGACGCUGCGGCAGAAGGCGCAGGUGGAGCAGGAGCUGACGACGCUGCGGCUGCAGCUGGAGGAGACGGACCACCAGAAGAGCAUCCUGGACGAGGAGCUGCAGCGGCUCAAGGCGGAGGUCACGGAGGCCGCCCGCCAGCGCGCCCAGGUGGAGGAGGAGCUGUUCUCCGUGCGCGUGCAGAUGGAGGAGCUGGGGAAGCUCAAGGCGCGCAUCGAGGCGGAGAACCGCGCGCUCAUCCUGCGCGACAAGGACAACACGCAGCGCUUCCUGCAGGAGGAGGCGGAGAAGAUGAAGCAUGUGGCCGAGGAGGCCGCGCGGCUGAGCGUGGCGGCCCAGGAGGCGGCCCGGCUGCGGCAGUUGGCGGAGGAGGACCUGGCUCAGCAGCGGGCCCUGGCCGAGAAGAUGCUCAGGGAGAAGAUGCAGGCCGUGCAGGAGGCCACGCGGCUCAAGGCGGAGGCCGAGCUGCUGCAGCAGCAGAAGGACCUGGCGCAGGAGCAGGCCCGGCGGCUGCAGGAGGACAAGGAGCAGAUGGCCCAGCAGCUGGCUCAGGAGACACAGGGCUUCCAGCGGACCCUGGAGGCUGAGCGGCAGCGGCAGCUGGAGAUGAGCGCAGAGGCAGAGCGGCUCAAGCUGCGGGUGGCUGAGAUGAGCCGGGCCCAGGCCCGGGCGGAGCAGGACGCCCAGCGCUUCCGGAAGCAAGCGGAGGAGAUCGGCGAGAAGCUGCACCGCACGGAGCUGGCCACGCAGGAGAAGGUGACGCUGGUGCAGACGCUGGAGAUCCAGCGGCAGCAGAGCGACCUGGACGCCGAGCGCCUGCGGGGGGCCAUUGCCGAGCUGGAGUGCGAGAGGGAGAAGCUCAAGCAGGAGGCCAAGCUGUUGCAGCUCAAGUCCGAGGAGAGGCAGACGGUGCAGCAGGAGCAGCUGCUGCAGGAGACGCAGGCGCUGCAGCAGAGCUUCCUCUCCGAGAAGGACAGUCUGCUGCAGCGGGAGCGCUUCAUCGAGCAGGAGAAGGCCAAGCUGGAGCAGCUCUUCCAGGACGAGGUGGCCAAGGCGCAGAAGCUGCGGGAGGAGCAACAGCGGCAGCAGCAGCAGAUGGAGCAGGAGAAGCAGCAGCUGGUGGCCAGCAUGGAGGAGGCCCGCCGGCGGCAGCGGGAGGCUGAGGAGGGGGUGCGGCACAAGCAGGAGGAGUUACAGCGGCUGGAGCAGCAGCGGCGGCAGCAGGAGCAGCUGCUGGCCGAGGAGAACCAGCGGCUGCGGGAGCGGCUGCAGCGCCUGGAAGAGGAGCACCGGGCCGCGCUGGCACAUUCCGAGGAGGUGGCUGCCUCCCAGGCCAUGGCGGCCAAAGCCCUGCCCAACGGCCGAGACACUCUGGACGGCCCCAGCGCGGACGUGGAGCCUGAGCAUGCCUUCGAGGGUCUGCGGCGGAAGGUGCCUGCCCAGCGGCUUCAGGAGGCGGGCGUCCUGGGCGCCGAGGAGCUGCAGCGCCUGGCAGACGGCCGCACCACGGUGGCUGAGCUCGCGCGGCGUGAAGAUGUGCGCCGCUACCUGCAGGGGCACAGCAGUAUCGCCGGGCUGCUGCUGAAGCCAGCCAACGAGAAGCUGAGCGUCUAUGCCGCCCUGCAGAGGCAGCUGCUGAGCCCGGGAACGGCCAUCAUCCUGCUGGAGGCCCAGGCAGCCUCGGGCUUCCUCCUGGACCCUGUGCGCAACCGAAGGCUGACCGUCAACGAGGCUGUGAAGGAGGGCGUGGUGGGCCCUGAGCUGCACCACAAGCUGCUCUCGGCCGAGCGCGCCGUCACCGGCUACAAGGACCCCUACACCGGGGAGCAGAUCUCUCUCUUCCAGGCCAUGCAGAAGGGCCUGAUCGUGCGGGACCAUGGCAUCCGCCUGCUCGAGGCCCAGAUCGCCACGGGCGGCAUCAUCGACCCCGUGCACAGCCACCGCCUGCCCGUGGACGUGGCCUACCAGCGCGGCCUCUUUGAUGAAGACAUGAGCCGCGUGCUGGCCGACCCGGGCGACGACACCAAGGGCUUCUUCGACCCCAACACGCACGAGAACCUCACCUACCUGCAGCUGCUGGAGCGCUGCGUGCAGGACCCCGACACCGGGCUGCGCCUCCUGCCGCUCACGGAUCAGGCUGCCAAGGGCGGCGAGUUGGUCUAUACUGAUUCGGAGGCCCGUGACGUGUUCAAGAAGGCCACGGUCUCCGCACCGUUUGGCCAGUUCCAGGGCAGGACGGUGACCAUCUGGGAGCUCAUCAACUCUGAGUACUUCACAGCCGAGCAGCGGCGGGACCUGCUGCGGCAGUUCCGCACGGGCAAGGUCACCGUGGAGAAGAUCAUCAAGAUCGUCAUCACGGUGGUGGAGGAGCAUGAGCAGAAGCGCCAGCUCUGCUUCCAGGGCCUGCGUGCCCUGGUGCCCGCUGCCGAGCUGCUCGAGAGCGGCGUCAUCGACCAGGCCCUCUACCGCCAGCUGCAGCAGGGCGAGCGCUCCGUGCAGGAGGUCGCCGAGGCAGAGGCCGUGCGCCGGGCUCUGCAUGGCACCAGUGUCAUUGCCGGCGUGUGGCUGGAAGAGGCAGGGCAGAAGCUGAGCAUUUACCAGGCCCUGAAGAAAGACCUGCUGCAGCCAGAGGUGGCUGUGGCCCUGCUAGAGGCCCAGGCUGGCACCGGGCACAUCAUCGACCCCGCCACCAGCGCCCGGCUGACCGUGGAUGAGGCCGUCCGUGCUGGCCUGGUGGGGCCGGAGCUGCAUGAGAAGCUGCUGUCGGCCGAGAAGGCCGUGACGGGCUACAAGGACCCGUACUCGGGGCAGAGUGUCUCCCUGUUCCAGGCCUUGAAAAAAGGCCUCAUCCCCAGGGAGCAGGGCCUGCGCCUUUUGGACGCCCAGCUGUCCACGGGGGGCGUCGUCGACCCCAGCAAGAGCCACCGCGUGCCUCUGGACAUCGCCUGUGCCCGGGGCUACCUGGACAGGGACACCAGCAAAGCCCUGUCGGCGCCAAGGGACGACGCCAAGACCUACUAUGACCCCAGCGCGCAGGAGCCAGUCACCUACAGCCAGCUCCAGCAGCGGUGCCGGCCUGACCAGCUGACGGGGCUCAGCCUGCUGCCCCUGUCGGAGAAGGCCGCGCGGGCCCGGCAGCAGGAGCUCUACUCUGAGCUCCAGGCCCGGGAGGCCUUUCAGAAGGCCACAGUGGAGGUCCCCGUGGGCGCCUUCCAGGGCAGGACGGUGUCCGUGUGGGAGCUCAUCAGCUCCGAGUACUUCACAGAGGAGCAGCGGCAGGAGCUCCUGCGGCAGUUCCGCACGGGCAAGGUCACCGUGGAGAAGGUCAUUAAGAUCGUCAUCACCAUCGUGGAGGAGGUGGAGACGGCGCGGCAGGAGAAGCUCUCCUUCAGCGGCCUCCGGGCCCCUGUGCCCGCCAGCGAGCUGCUGGCCGCCGGGGUCCUCAGCAGAGCCCAGUUUGAGCAGCUCAAGGAUGGCAAGACAUCAGUCAGGGACCUGUCCGAGGUGGACUCGGUGCGGACGCUCCUCCAGGGCACUGGUUGCCUGGCUGGCAUCUACCUGGAGGACUCCAAGGAGAAGGUGACCAUCUACGAGGCCAUGCGGCGGGGCCUGCUGCGGCCCAGCACAGCUACCCUCCUGCUGGAGGCCCAGGCGGCCACUGGCUUUCUGGUGGACCCGGUGCGGAACCAGCGCCUGUACGUACACGAGGCUGUCAAGGCCGGCGUGGUGGGGCCGGAGCUGCACGAGAAGCUGCUGUCAGCCGAGAAGGCUGUGACGGGCUACAAGGACCCGUACUCGGGCACCACCAUCUCCCUGUUCCAGGCCAUGCAGAAGGGGCUGAUCGUGCGGGACCACGGCCUGCGCCUGCUCGAGGCCCAGAUCGCCACGGGCGGCAUCAUCGACCCCGUGCACAGCCACCGCCUGCCCGUGGACGUGGCCUACCAGCGCGGCUACUUCGACGAGGACAUGAGCCGCGUGCUGGCCGACCCGGGCGACGACACCAAGGGCUUCUUCGACCCCAACACGCACGAGAACCUCACCUACCUGCAGCUGCUGGAGCGCUGCGUGCAGGACCCCGACACCGGGCUGCGCCUCCUGCCACUGCGAGGGGCAGAGAAGGCCGAGGUGGUGGAGACCACACAGGUGUAUUCUGAGGAGGAGACCCGGCGGGCCUUUGAGGAGACACAGAUCGACAUCCCCAGCGGUGCUGGUGGCGGCCAGGGCGGCUCCACCAUGUCCCUGUGGGAGGUGAUGCAGUCAGACCUGAUCCCCGAGCAGCAGCGGGCCCAGCUGAUGGCCGACUUCCAGGCUGGCCGGGUGACCAAGGAGCGCAUGAUCAUCAUCAUCAUCGAAAUCAUCGAGAAGACCGAGGUCAUCCGCCAGCAGAACCUGUCCUCCUACGACUACGUGCGCCGCCGCCUGACGGCCGAGGACCUGUACGAAGCCCGCAUCAUCUCCCGGGAGACCUACAGCCUGCUCCGCGAGGGCACCAAGAGCCUGCGCCAGGUGCUGGAGGACGAGUCUGCCUGGCGCUUCCUCUACGGCACGGGCUGCGUGGCCGGCGUCUACCUGCCCGGCUCCAGGCAGACGCUCACCAUCUACCAGGCCCUCAAGAAGGGCCUGCUGAGCGCUGAGGUGGCCCGUGUGCUGCUGGAGGCGCAGGCUGCCACGGGCUUCCUGCUGGACCCGGUGAAGGGUGAGCGGCUGACUGUGGACGAGGCGGUGCGGAAGGGUCUGGUGGGCCCUGAGCUGCACGACCGGCUGCUCUCGGCGGAGCGGGCGGUCACCGGCUACCGGGACCCCUACACGGAGCAGACCAUCUCGCUCUUCCAGGCCAUGAAGAAGGAGCUGAUUCCUGCCGAGGAGGCCCUGCGGCUGCUGGAUGCCCAGCUGGCCACGGGUGGCGUCGUGGACCCACGCCUGGGGUUCCACCUCCCCUUGGAGGUGGCCUACCAGCGCGGCUACCUCAACAAGGACACACACGAUCAGCUGUCGGAGCCCAGCGAGGUGCGCAGCUACGUGGACCCCUCCACGGAUGAGCGCCUCAGCUACACGCAGCUGCUCAAGCGGUGCCGCCGAGACGAGGGCAGCGGCCAGCUGCUCCUGCCGCUCUCAGACACCCGCAAGCUGACCUUCCGCGGCCUGCGCAAGCAGAUCACGGUGGAGGAGCUGGUGCGCUCCCAGGUCAUGGACGAGGCCACGGCGCUGCAGCUGCAGGAGGGGCUGACCUCCGUCGAGGAGGUGUCUAAGAGCCUGCAGAGGUUCCUUGAGGGCUCCAGCUGCAUCGCCGGUGUCUACGUCGACGCUACCAAGGAGCGGCUGUCGGUGUACCAGGCCAUGAAGAAGGGCAUCAUCCGGCCCGGCACGGCCUUCGAGCUCCUGGAGGCCCAGGCGGCCACCGGCUACGUCAUCGACCCCAUCAAGGGGCUCAAGCUGACGGUGGAGGAGGCCGUGCGCAUGGGCAUCGUGGGUCCCGAGUUCAAGGACAAGCUGCUCUCGGCCGAGCGCGCCGUCACCGGCUACAAGGACCCGUACUCCGGGAAGCUCAUCUCCCUCUUCCAGGCCAUGAAGAAGGGCCUGAUCCUCAAGGACCACAGCAUCCGCCUGCUCGAGGCCCAGAUCGCCACGGGCGGCGUCAUCGACCCCGAGGAGAGCCACCGGCUGCCCGUGGACGUGGCCUACAAGCGCGGCCUCUUUGACGAGGAGAUGAAUGAGAUCCUGACCGACCCCUCUGACGACACCAAGGGCUUCUUCGACCCCAACACGGAGGAGAACCUCACCUACCUGCAGCUGAUGGAGCGCUGCGUCACCGACCCCCAGACGGGGCUGUGCCUCCUGCCGCUGAAGGAGAAGAAGCGGGAGCGGAAGACGUCCUCCAAGUCCUCGGUGCGCAAGCGCCGCGUGGUGAUCGUGGACCCGGAGACGGGCAGGGAGAUGUCGGUGUACGAGGCCUACCGCAAGGGGCUCAUCGACCACCAGACCUACCUGGAGCUGUCGGAGCAGGAGUGCGAGUGGGAGGAGAUCACCACCUCCUCCUCGGACGGCGUGGUCAAGUCCAUGAUCAUCGACCGCCGCUCGGGCCGCCAGUACGACAUCGACGAGGCCAUCUCCAAGAGCCUCAUUGACCGCUCCGCGCUGGACCAGUACCGUGCCGGCACGCUCUCCAUCACCGAGUUCGCCGACAUGCUCUCGGGAAACGCCGGCGGCUUCCGCUCCCGCUCUUCCUCCGUGGGGUCCUCCUCGUCCUACCCCGUCAGCCCCGCCGUCUCCAGGACCCAGCUGUCCUCCUGGUCUGACCCCACCGAGGAGACGGGCCCUGUGGCCGGCAUCCUGGACACAGAGACGCUGGAGAAGGUGUCCAUCACGGAGGCCAUGCACCGCAACCUGGUCGACAACAUCACCGGGCAGCGGCUGCUGGAGGCGCAGGCCUGCACCGGGGGCAUCAUCGACCCCAGCACCGGAGAGCGCUUCCCCGUCACUGAGGCCGUCAACAAGGGCCUGGUGGACAAGAUCAUGGUGGACCGCAUCAACCUGGCCCAGAAGGCCUUCUGCGGCUUCGAGGACCCACGCACCAAGACCAAGAUGUCGGCUGCGCAGGCCCUGAAGAAGGGCUGGCUGUACUACGAGGCCGGCCAGCGCUUCCUGGAGGUGCAGUACCUGACGGGCGGGCUGAUCGAGCCUGACGUACCGGGCCGCGUGCCCCUGGACGAGGCCCUGCAGCGCGGCACCGUGGAUGCCCGCACGGCCCAGAAGCUGCGCGACGUGGGCGCGCACUCCAAGUACCUCACCUGCCCCAAGACCAAGCUCAAGAUCUCCUACAAGGACGCGCUGGACCGCAGCAUGGUGGAGGAGGGCACGGGGCUGCGGCUGCUGGAGGCCGCCGCCCAAUCCAGCAAGGGCUACUACAGCCCCUACAGCAUCAGCGGCUCCGGUUCCACCGCCGGCUCCCGCGCGGGCUCGCGCACCGGCUCCCGGGCCGGCUCCCGGCGCGGCAGCUUCGACGCCACCGGCUCCGGCUUCUCCAUGACCUUCUCCUCCUCCUCCUAUUCCUCCUCGGGCUACGGCCGCCGCUACGCCUCGGGGCCGGCGUCCUCCCUGGGGGGCCCCGAGUCUGCGGUGGCCUGAC